UCAUGUCUAUCAUACCAGUCCUGUCAUUGAUAUCACAAUGGUUACACUUUCACACCCCACCGGCUCAUUAUAUUUGUUGAAAAGACCGAAAAUGACUCACGCGUUUCCCACGUAUAAAACAAUACCCUGAUAAUUGUGUUCUCUUCGUGCAACAAUGUCCCAGACGGCAGACACCGUGCAUAUUUUAGGGACAAAUGACCUAUUGUACUGAGACCACCUACUGUACUAGGUCUCUCUAUAAAGGGCCAAGAGCAGGGGAAAAUCUAGUCGACAUGUCAGAACUGCCAGGACGCCCCAGCUUCAAGUCUUGAUAUCCUUCUCUUUCGCGUCAGUCACGGAGGACAGCCGCCAUACCGGAACCAUGGACAGUACCUCAGUGGAUGUACAGAAAAAUCAGCCCAGUCUGAGUCCCGAGGCCCGGCGUCAGGCCAUGCAGCGGUGCAUCCGGGAAGUGGCUCACGCCUGUCAGUGCCGAGACGCCGCCUGCGACUUACAGGGGUGUCGUAAGAUGAAACGUGUGUUGCAGCACUACAAGGGAUGUAAGAAGAAGGUCAAUGGCAGCUGCCGUGCUUGUGAGCAGCUGAUUUUUCUCUGCUGUUACCAUGCCAAACGUUGCCGACAGCAGAAGUGUCCAAUGCCAUUCUGUCUCAUCAUCAAGCGCAAGUUGGGUCAGCUGGAGCUACAGCAACUGUUGGGGCGGCAAGACGUGACGUCUUUCCUUCAGCUUAUCUUCAGUCCGAGUCCACAGGAGACCCGGCACCAGUACAUCCAGUGGUGCGCCAAUACAAUGGGUCACGCCAAUCAGUGCCGAGACGUCGCCUGCAGCCUACAGGGAUGUCAUAAGAUGAAACGUGUGGUGCAGCGCAUCAAGAAACGUGCGCAGGAGUAUAGGGAGGCCCGUCAAGUGGCUAUUCUGUACGACUGCCCCACGAAGCCGUUGCCUCCGCUCGGAUCAUCAAGGUCAUAAUCAUCUGGACUGUUUAUACCUAACGCUAGGUUACCUUUAUCCGCGGGGUGACCUCUAUCCGUUUGCAACAUUCUAUAGAUAUCGCAGUUGCUUGGCUUUCUUUGAAAACAAAAUUGUUCCAGGCUCACCUAAAAUGGUUACAGCCUGGAACGGGUCAGUAUUGACUUUGUAGAUGGGUAGACUAGUCUGGCUGUGUUAUUCUCGUUUCGUGUUUAUACGACCGUCCGUCAACUUGAGGUGACCCACAGAUAAAGGUAAACUAGCGUUAUACAGGAAAGUUUUAGAUUGGACAGCUUAUGCUGAUUCAAGUGGUAAGGUGGUGAUUAUGACGAUCGUGCUCGUGAUAUAGACGAUUAGAAGACUAUUAAUUCGUGCCAUGGAAAACGUAAUCAUAGACUUACAUGUACAUGUAGUGUUGUCGCGUAAAGGAAAGGAUUUCUUUCUUGCACAAUUGUACACGGUACAAUGUAUUGUAACAAUUAGUACUCAUUGUAGAGAAUAGAGGUAUAGAAAUAAGGGUUAAUGACCCUCCCCGAGGUGUAUAUGGUGUCAUAACGCCUGGUCCUUUGCUAUAACCACCGAAUAAAGCCACCGAGUGAGCGAAGCAUGAACAUGGAUCAUUUUUGUUUUGCUUUUGUUGCUGUCAUUAAAUUGUGUCGACAUGAAAUGAA